GUGCGCCCGGUGCAGGGCGGAGCUGUGAGGCUGCGGUGGCGUUAGUGGGCUUCUCUCGGGCGGGGGUCGCCGGUGAAGCUCUGAACCAGGACCUGCCUGUUGUAUAAUCAGAUUAUGGGGAACAGAGAAAAAUAAUCAUGAUGUAGAGAAUGUAUUUAUCAGACAAGGCCAUCUAGUGAAUUCAUUUCACAAUUUCACAAAGUCACAAACUGAACUUUUGAAAGAAGUAAACAAGGUACCUUGUACUUCAAAUGUUCAUGUUUUGUGAUUUUUAGUGAGGAACAGAAUGCAGUACCUCAGGACUGCAUGAUAUAAUUUGAGUAAUUGUGCGACUUAAGAGUUAUGGCAUUUUAAAAUACCAAUUAUUCAAUAUGGUCAAGUGCAUCAGUAGUCCAAAUGGUGUUUCCAGGGUGUGAUACUUUUUUUAUUCAGGUGUUGUUUUGCUGAAAAUAGGUUAUGUUCAACUAAAAGCAGAUCUCAUAAUGUUUUGCUGGUAUCAUAAAGGAAAACGUUUAAGCAUCUUAAAGGUUCAUUCGAAUUUCUUAUGGGAUUGCAUAGUGGAAUUCAGGAACUGUAUUAAUAUUGGAGUGAAUUGAGAGUCAGACUUGUGGGGCUUUUAAACAUAUUAGCUAUUAAGUAGGAUAUGGCUGGACUAAUCUAAAACUAAUAAUUCUGUUAAGUGAGUGUUAUGCUCAUUCUAGUUAAUCAACCUAGGCUCUCAAGUUAAAGUUUUAUUUUAAAAAGAAGACAUCAUCUGAAGCUUAUUUGAUCAGACAUACUGGUUGGUCACUCAGAUUAGACCAACUGUUUAGUUUUAGUACGUUAGAUUUGAGUGCUGUGAUGAAACACACAAAGUCUGGAAUGUUUUAAUGGCAUAAAACAUUAAAACUAAAGUGUGAAGAAAAUGGAUGAUUAAUUUUCCAUCCUUGCAUGUCACAAAGAAUGUACAGCAAGUAAUUUUUAACAAGGCUUUGCACAUCAAUCAUAUGUCCAGAUUUCUAGUCUUGCUGGUUACUUGUUCUCCAUAUGAGUGAAAUUGUGAAAUGUUUCUUUAUGGCUUUGAAAAAUAAAAGGGUUGUAGAACAUAGAACAAUAAAGGCCCUUUGCCCACGAUGCUGUGCCGACCUCUUAUCCUACUAAGUUCAAUCUACCCUGCAUACCCUACAUUUUACUAUGUUUCAGGUGCCUACCCAAGAGUUGCUUAAAAGUUUCUAAAGUAUCUGACUCUGCUACCACUACCAGCAGUGCAUUCCACACGCCCACUGCUCUGUGUAAAGAUGUGAAAAGUACUUCAACUAUACAAUAACUGGCUGUUGUGCAGGCAGUGGAUAGCAGGUUCAAUUUGUUAAAAUUACAAGUGAGGCUCUGUACUCUUGAUGUUCCGAAGAUAUAACAUCCAUUUAAUAUCAAAUAGGUUCUGUGACUGUCCUAUGAAAAUUCUGACAUUAGAAUGUCUCACCAUCAAUUCUUGUUUGAGCCAAUAACGUGCCAUGCCUGGAAUCAAGAUCGGACGCAGGUAGCAUUUAACCCCAGUAACUUUGGAGUUCCUGUUUAUAAGAAAAAUGGAAACCAGAGACUGGAGAAUCAUGAACUGAAGGAGCAUACUGGUCAAAUAACAGGUCUGGAAAUCCUUCGACCUACGAGAACAACUAGCAGCACCUGGUGUGCCCGACUGAAUGAACCGAUGGGGCUGGACUGCCAACGGUGGAACAACAAUCACGUGCCCACAGAGACCAUACAUCUACAGGUUUCUCAAACGCCUGACCUACCCGAUCCCAUCGACCUCCUCAAGGCUGCAACCAUUGUCCAGGACCCCACCGGACGCAACCAUGCACCUUCUGGAACAGCAGAUCUCCCUCAACAGCUGAAAGGUCCGAAACCCAGGAAACGUGGGAGACGUGCUGGCCUGCAAACGAGAGCAAAAGAACGUGGUUUCAAGUCCCCUCUCCCCACCAUACUCCUGGCAAAUAUCCAAGCUAUUGAAAACAAACUGGAUGAACUUAAGUCUAGACUUACAGUCCAAAGGGAAUUGAGAGACUGCUGUGUGCUCUGUUUUACUGAGACAUGGCUCACUCGUGCUACGCCUGAUUGUACCUUACAACCUGAGGGUUUCUCAAUUCACCGGAUGGACCGCUCAGCAGCCUUGGGCAAGGGAACGGGUGGUGGGGUCUGCCUCCUAAUCAAUAACUCUUGGUGCUUAGAUGUGGUGAACCUGGUGAGUUACUGCUCUUUGCACCUUGAAUAUCUAAUGGUGAAGUGUAGUCCUCCCUACCUGCCACAGGAGUUCACCUCUGCUAUUAUAACAGCAGUCUACAUCCCACCUGAUGCAGAAGUGAAGAAUGCGCUUCAUGAAAUUUGCAUCACUACAAAUAGCCUUGAGAUGGAAUACCCCGAGGCUUUGUUUAUUGUAAUCGGUAACUUCAAUCAGGCCAAUCUCACGAGUGUGCUUCCCAAAUACCACCAACACAUCACCUGUCCCACCAAAGGUCCAGAUAUCCUUGACCAUUGCUACACAACCAUCAAAGACGCCUAUCGCUCCAAACCCCGCCAGUACUUUGGAAUAUCAGACCGCAAUGCUGUUCUCCUUCUCCCGACUUGCAAGUAGAAACUGAAGCAUGAGGACUCCUCUUACACAUAUUAUUAUUAAAAGAUCAUUACUUUAAAAUAGAAAA